GCAGACAAUUUCCUUAUACUCUCUGCUUCAUUUUAGAAAACAACUCUCUCUCUCUGAUCUUGAAUUUUCUCUGCUUCAUUGGUCCUCACUAUAUAUUUAUAUUAAAUUCCUUCAAAUCUCAGAAUUUUCUCUUCUCUUUUUUUGACUUUCUAGUCUAAGCAAACUUUCCCUCACAAUUUUCUCAGCCCAUCAUCUUUGAACCCUUUACUUUAAUAAAUCCACACCCUUGAAUCCUCUCUCAGUCCGAAUUAUUUUCUCAGAUGAUACCCUUUCCUUUGUUUUGCCGGUGAGAGUCAGAAACAGUGAUUACUAUGUUCUCAGAAACAAGCCCUCGAAUAUCGUUUUCCAAUGAUCUUCACCAACAAGAUGAUAUUCAAAUCGUGCAGGAGCCUCGGAGGGACACCACACUUCUUGAAUCAAAUCCUGAUUUUGAGUUCAGCAUUUGCAGAAGCUUAGUAGACGAUGAAUCUUCUCUGGCAGAUGAGCUUUUUGCAGAUGGAAUGAUCCUUCCAGGCCAAGUGCAUGAAAGAAACAGCGCUGCUUUUAAACAAAUUCACAGACAUGAACAUUCAAGAAAAGCUUCUCUUCCUCCUCUUCCAUGUCCUCCUUCUAGUGAUGAUCAUGAGAAUUCAAACAAAGAGAUGAUGGAGAUAAAUUUGUUAAAGCCACAGUCCAAGUCUUUCUGGGGAUUCAAGAGAAGCACCAGCCUGAAUUGUGAUUUAAAGAAGAGUCUAAUUUGUUCAUUGCCACUCCUGUCACGAAGCAACUCGACAGGAUCAUCUGUGCCAAAUCCAAAGCGAUCAAAUUCACAGAAGCAGCAGCAAUCAAAUUCCGUGCAGGCAAAGAAGUUAUCAGCAACAUCACAUGCUUCCACUUAUGUGUAUAAAUUUCCACAGAAACCUCCAUUGAAGAAGAACUAUGGUGGAGCUUAUCAUGGAAAUGGUGUUAAGAUUAGUCCUGUGUUGAAUUUGCCACCUCCUUACAUUGCUAAAGGAGCUGCAAAUCUCUUUGGUUUGGGAUCUUUCUUGAAAGAAAAGAACAGAAAGUGAUUGUUAAAUUAAUUACAUAAUCUUGUUGUUAGCUUUUAUGAGUUUUGUCAUCCAUUGCUAAUCUUGGAAGCCAUUAGUGAUUUAGGGAAAUGGAAAACUCAUUAAGUUAGUAACUUCGUGACUAGUAUCUUAACAAGAAAAACAAAACAAGAUGAUGUUACCGUACAUGUUCUUUAAUCCAGAAAAUGGACUUUAGAAGCU